AUGUGGCUCCUUCUGCUUCACCUGCUACUGGCCUGGGUAGCAGGGGCUGCUGCUGCUGUGCCUGUGGUACCCUGGAGGGUACCAUGCCCACCACAGUGCUCCUGCCAGAUCCGGCCCUGGUACACACCCCGAUCGGUGUACCGGGAGGCUACCACAGUGGAUUGCAAUGACCUGUUUUUGUCCUCUGUGCCCCCAGGACUGCCCAGCGGCACCCAGACCCUGCUCCUGCAGAGUAACAACAUCGCUCGGGUGGAGCAGAGUGAGCUUGACUACCUGGCCAACCUGACCGAGCUUGACCUGUCCCAAAACAGCUUCUCCGAUGCCCGUGACUUUGGCCUUCGGGCCCUGCCCCAGCUACUGAGCCUUCACCUGGAGGAGAACCAGCUGACCCAGCUGGAGGACAACAGCUUUGUGGGGCUAGCAAACCUUCAAGAGCUCUAUCUCAACCACAACCAGCUUCGCAGAAUCUCCCCUGGGGCCUUCACAGGGCUGGGCAACCUCCUGCGACUCCACCUCAACUCCAACCUGCUGCAGGCUGUCGACAGUCGAUGGUUCCAGGUCCUGCCAAGCCUGGAGGUCCUCAUGAUAGGGGGCAACAAGGUGGACGCCAUCUUGGACAUGAAUUUUCGGCCUCUGGCCAACCUGCGAAGCCUGGUGCUGGCUGGCAUGAACCUGCAGGAGAUCUCCGAUUAUGCACUGGAGGGUCUGCGGAGCCUGGAGAGCCUCUCUUUUUACGACAACAAGCUGGCCCGAGUGCCUAAAAGGGCGCUGGAGCAUGUGCCUGGGCUCAAGUUCCUGGACCUGAAUAAAAACCCGCUGCAGAGGGUGGGGCCAGGCGACUUCACCAACAUGUUGCACCUCAAAGAGCUCGGGCUGAACAACAUGGAAGAGCUGGUCUCCAUAGACAAAUUUGCCCUCGUCAAUCUCCCAGAGCUCACCAAGCUGGACAUCACUAACAACCCCCGGCUUUCCUUUGUCCACCCCCGCGCCUUCCGCCACCUGCCCCAGAUGGAAACCCUCAUGCUCAACAACAAUGCCCUUAGUGCCUUGCACCAGCAGACCGUGGAAUCCCUGCCCAACCUACAGGAAAUCGGUCUCCACGGCAACCCCAUCCGCUGUGACUGUGUCAUCCGUUGGGCCAACACCACGGACACCCACGUCCGCUUCAUCGAACCGCAGUCCACGUUGUGCGCCGAGCCGCCCGAUCUCCAGCACUGCCCUGUGCGUGACGUGCCCUUCCGGGAGAUGACCAACCAUUGCCUGCCCCUCAUCUCUCCUCGGAGCUUCCCCCCAAGCCUUCAGGUGGCCAGCGGGGGGAACCUGGCCCUCCACUGCCGGGCCCUGGCUGAGCCAGAGCCUGAAAUCUACUGGGUGACUCCAGCUGGGGUGCGGCUGACCGCCGCCAGGGCAGGUGGAAGGUAUCGGGUAUACCCGGAGGGAACACUGGAGAUCCGAGAGGUUACUGAAGGUGAGGCUGGGCUCUAUACCUGUGUGGCCCAGAACCUGGUGGGAGCUGACACCAAAUCAGUCAGCCUGGCGGUUGGCAGCUCCCUCCCCAGAGGGAGUAUCCAGGAGCGGGAGCUGGAACUGAGGGUUCAGGAAGUCUACCCGUAUCAUAUCCUGCUGCGCUGGGAGCCCCUCCCCAACACCAUCUCCACCAACCUUACCUGGUCCAGCUCCUCUUCCCUCCGAGGGCCAGGAACGACCGCCCUUGCCCGCCUGCCUGGGGGUACCCACAGCUACAAUAUCACCCGCCUCCUCCAAGCCACUGAGUACUGGGCCUGCCUGCAGCUGGCCUUUGCUGACGCCCACACCCAGGUGGCCUGCAUCUGGGCUAGGACUAAGGAAGCCAGCCCCCACCGUGGGGCCCUGGGGAGCCAUCUAGGGGUUCUUGCCGCUUUGGGGCUCACCGCCCUACUGCUAGCUGCUGGGCUGGCCAUUCACUGCGGCCUUUGCCCUACUAAACCAAGUGGGCGGGUGGGUGAAAAGCCUCUCCUCCCAUCCUGGGCUCCUUGGGGCCGGAGCACCCCUUCUGUCCGGGUGGUAUCACCCCCUUUUAUCAAGCACUGGAAUCCAGGGAGGAAGCCCACAAAACUUGCAGAAGGGGAGAUGGUUUCACCAGUAAUUCUCCUUGAUUCCUGA